AUGCUAGUAGUACCUCGUGGUGUUCUGUGGAGGAAGCAUAGGCCUCCUCCACAGAAGUACUAUCCUGAGCCACCCGCAUCCAUCUAUGUGUGCGGUGUGCGGGAAAAGCCAGGCCGCAUAGACAAUGGCCACCAUUAUCCCACCAUUGCUCAUUACCGCGUUUUUGCGCCCGAAUCCGAGCGAGUGUGCAUUGUUCCCGCGCGUCUACCUGUGCCUAUCGUGAUCCGAGUACGGCCGGCGGCGCCGCUGAUGUGGCACCACCGCAAUCGGUACUCGACAAUGGCAACGGCGAGUGGAAACGGACGAGUCAGCGAGCCCCCGUCAACUCGGAAUCGCCAGGGCCUCGUCGACCGUCAUGAUCUUUCUCUCGCCGACGGGAAGAUCGAAAUAUGCAGUUUGUUCACAGAUUAUAAUCAUUCGCCUACGCAG